CCCAAAUACGUGGACUGUCCACUCUCUUUCACACCUGCCAAGGGUCUCACCGCAAGGAACGCCCCGCUCAGGCCAAUCCGCCCGGGCGCAGUGGCCCCCACCCAGGGGCGGGAGCCAGGUGCACUUCCGGGGCCCAAGUUACCUGGCCUGGCAGGGCUGCGCAGUGCGAGCCGACAGCCGCGCAGGGAUGAUAAGCCUGACCUCUGUGCCCCGGUCCCCGCGGCCUGGCCCGCCGACGAUGUCUACGGUUGUGGAGCUGAACGUGGGGGGUGAGUUCUACACCACCACCCUGGGCACCCUGAGAAAACUCCCGGGUUCAAAGCUAGCAGAGAUGUUCUCCAGCUCCGCCAAGGCCUGCACGGAUGCGGAGGGCCGCUUCUUCAUCGAUCGCCCCGGCACCUAUUUCAGACCCAUCCUGGACUACCUGCGCAGCGGGCAGCUGCCCACGCAGCACAUCCCGGAAGUGUACCGUGAGGCUCAGUUCUACGAGAUCAAGCCUUUGGUCAAGCUCCUGGAGGACACGCCGCAGAUCUUCGGUGAGCAGAUGGCUCGGAAGCAGUUUCUGCUGCGAGUGCCAGGCUACAGCGAGAACCUGGAGCUCAUGGUGCGGCUGGCGCGCGCUGAGGCGGUGGCAGCGCGCAAGUCGAGCGUGCUGGUGUGCGCCGUGCACACUGAGGAGGAGGAUGCGCAGAGUGCCGAGGCCCUGCGUGCCCUGGAGGCUGACAAGAAGUCUGUCGUCAAAUUCGGGCCCUGGAAGGCGGCCCCAGACACACACGACCUCCUGCACUGCGUGAAGAUGGACAUUAAGGCCCAGGGGUACACGGUAUUCUAUGAGCGCUACCAGUUUGAGAAGGUAUUCCGGGCCAGGCCCUGCCUUUCCUUCUACACAUUCAUCUUCACCUGGUGGUGAUCCCCAGGGGCAGGAACUGUUUGUCAUGGGCUCUGGUGGGGCUUAUGGAAUUAA